GGGAGGUCAACCACUUUUGUUUGUCGAGGGGCCACGUUUCGUUUCGUCCUUAAACUAGUUUCAGCAUCCCGAAUAGCACUGUAAACAGUUCAUUGAUAUUGCGUGGGCUAUUUUUGAUCACAGUUAGCUGAAAAUCAAUUUUCGAUGAUUGAAUAUGAGGCAAAUUUUCUUAUUGAAAAGACAUUCAGUUUCACUUAUGGCCAGUAACAGAAUGGAAACAGAAGAUAAGGAGACUCAGUUUGAAGAAGAUAUGCAAAUCAAAGAAGAGCCCCCUGAUGACAGCGAGGAGGUAGACUAUGCAGUGUCCAAGAUGGAUAACAAGGAUGAAAGUCAAAGUGAUGAGGAGGGAGAUGGGGAGCCUCAGAUGCGCCUGUUGUUGCGCCCAUGGCUGGAAGCCCAGAUAGAAAGUGGUGAGAUUCCUGGUCUCAACUGGAUAGAUAAUGAGAGGACGCUGUUCCGAAUACCCUGGAAACAUGGUGCCAAGACUACCUUCACCGCCACAGAUGGACUCAUAUUCAAAAAAUGGUCAAUCCACACUGGAAGGUUCCAUGAUGGGGAGGACCCUAACUAUGCCAUGUUAAAGACCAGGCUGAGAAUGGCCAUUAAUAAGGCACCAGAUAUUGAAGAAGUAAAAGAGCUGCGGAAUAAGGAAGGCGACAGUCAGUUUAAAGCCUUCAGAUUCCUGCCAAAUCCAAAAUGUGGGAGGGGGCAAUCAAGUGGACAUGUAAGCACCAGUGAAGAGGAGGAAGAUGACUGCAAACUUGAUGUGUUGGAGCAAAGGUCCCCCCUGCUGGAGCCAAAGUCUGAAAAGACGGAAGGAGGCUGUGGAUUACUGGAACAAACCUCCCCCUUACUGGUGCCAAAAUCUGAGACCAGCAGUCUGCUCAACACAGAGUGUUGUGAUGAAAUGAGUCUACAUCAGCCAGCACUGUUGGCAGAAAAUGGUAGUGGCAGUAAUGGCGACAACCAGGAGAAAUCAAUAAUGACCGUGGCUGUAAACCAGGUUCCAGUCACUUCAGCUUAUUUAAGUGAAGAAACAAUGGGUGAUAAACGUCAGAGGACUGAUGAAUCUAAAAGUGAAAAUUUGAUGCAAAGCUUUUGCCCUAGUUUCAUGAAGCCACAGUCUGUAGAUGUUCCAAAAGUAGCACAUUCUCCAGGCCUGCCCAUUUCUGACAUACCUAAAACUGUUGAAAGUGAGACUGAUAUGCAACAAUCACAAGAUGACAGUGAUCAAAAACCAAACGUACUGAAGAGAAAACCAGAGACCAAAGAAAUGAAUUGUCAAAGUACUGAGAUGACUGUAAGCUCAAAAAUAUUCCCAAGUAAUCUUCAAAGAAAAAACAGGACUCUAUAUUCAUUUUUGACGACAGAGGAUGACCCUAAAGAAGAUAGAAGGCCUCGUAUAUUGAGAAAGAAGCCAAAGAUAUAUGUGAUCCUGCAUCAAAAAACUGCAUUGAAACCAGAUUCAAUAUCUCAGCCAGUGCAGUCACUAUUAGUGGACAAUAAUUCUCCAGUCACAGUACAGGCAGUUUCAAAUGAUGAUACCAGUUCAUCUGUGGCAGCACAGGCAAUUCCAGUUAGUUGUUCCAACAAUGAUGAUGUUGGAUCUGUUGAAGGGAAUAUGAGAGUGAACAACAGUGAAACCUCACAGUCAGAGGUGACCUCAGCAGUAUCGCAUAACGAAAUCACAAGAAGAAUUAAGAAAAUACUAACAGCAAAGAAUGACAAAACCAAGCUAUACUUGAUUUCAGACAGUGACAGUGAUUUAACAAAAUAUGAAGUAAAAGACCCACAGAUGAAAAUAUUGAACAGGUUCAAACCAACCACAACUAUCACAAGGGACCACAGUGGCCCAGAGCCUAAUCAAACCAAUCCACAGCAUUUCACUUAUGUAAAGAGAAAUAUAGAGCCUGUAAAGGACAUUGGCUUUCAGCUCAUGGACCAACUACAAACUGAUACAAACACCCUUGCACAAAGCAAAUACAUGUCCAUACAUGUCGGUCAAAGGAGAGAAGGCAUCAUUCCUGAAAACAAGGAAAGCAUUUCCACAGUGCAGAGGGAGGGCAGUGUAGAUAAGCCAGCUCAGGAAACCCAAGGUGCUGAUAAACCGGAACAGGAAUCACAAGAUGUUGCAAAGUCUGAGCAGUUGGUCACCUGGAAGGCUGUGAAACAGACUACACCUUCAGGGAACAAUGUAGCAGUAUUAACUAAGGUUGCUUCAAGCAACAUACCCAACCAGCCGGUGCCGGUUUUACUAAUACGCAAUUUGCAUCAGAAAGACACCCUGCCACCAUCCUUCUUGACAUCCACGGAGCAAACAAACCAGACAGACACCUCCCCAUUGCAAGUUUCUUUAACUGAUUCCUCCAAAGAUGAACCACUGCCUUUGGUGAUCAGUGAUGUUCGAAGCCUAUCAGGGGAAGGUCAAAAACAAGAUGAUAUGUCAAAGAGUAAUCCAACAAAGGAAGAAAAGGUACUUCCAAAACAUGACCACAGUGGUGACUUAAGUGAGGCUGGAAUGAAAACAAAACCAGCAGUUUCAAGUUCUGCAACGGCUCCAAGUUUUUUAGUGCAUGCAGUCAGAACAGGUAGAACUAUGUCAGUUGUGAAAAUUAUCCCAACUACCAAAAGUGGAGUGCAAUCAGCGUUUUCAUGUGUUCAAAAUAAAGUGGAAAAUCCACCAAAGAUUUGGAGUAGGGCACAUCCAAGAAAAGCCAAGGAGAAGGCCAUGGUUAAAAUACACGAGGAAGCUCAAACUAACACAAAUGAUGAAGAUUCUGGAGAUGAUGGAUCUGAAGUAAGAGAUAAGUUGUUGGGCAAAUUGGACAAGUCAGUACAAUUUCCAGAGGAUUCUGAUGAUUGCAGUCUUGUCAGCAAGGGUGACAGUAACAUUCAUGGUCAAGGUCAGAGCACUUACUUUACCAAGGAAGGCAAUGCUCUGGCAGGGAAAUUACUGAAAUCUGAAAAGCAACUCAAAUAUAUGGGCACCCGCAAUUUUUUUAAAGCAAUGGAUUCGGGGAAUUCUUACCUGUUUUGUGAAAUAUGCGGUCGCCUCUUGACUACAACUUACAGGCAUCGUUAUGCACACAGAAGAUUUCCAGAAAUUUGCUUGUGGAUUUUGGCUCCAAAGACUUGCCGCCCAGAACAUAAAUUUCAAAUGUGUUGCUGUGGCAAGAAAAGUAUUAAAAUGGGAAUAGACAUGUAUAAAGGACACCAGACAAAUUGCCAGGCCUUUGCCUCCCGUACUUCAUUGAUGACAACACAAACCAUCCAGAACUUUUCAUGUUGGUAUUGUCCAGCAAAAUUCCCCACAUUUUUGAAGGGAAAAAACCACUUGCAGGUGGCCCAUGCAUCACAACCCCCUAUUUUGGUUGAUCUGGCAGUGACAAAAUCUCAGAGCAAGUGGUUCCUGUGCCCUGAUUCAAAUUGCUUUUUCAUGGCACUCAGAGCACAGACAAUUAUGAGACAUGCCAAGGCAUUCCAUAAUUCAACAGACAUAAUGUGUCAUGCAGCUUUGGAGCAACUUGCAAUUAUGGAAGAUCCAUUGGAGCGAGACCAAGAAGAGGAAGAACUGCUAAAUGCUGACGGCAUAGAAGUGUUGAUAGCUUAUGAGGAAACAACCAAGGCAAAAGAAACUGAGCUGCUAAGUGAAAAUGGAGGGUUUGGGAAACAGGUUGAGGAGUCAUUGGCCAGUGAUGGUCCAGAAAAGGGGGAACUUUCAAGCUGCAAUGAGGCGACAUAUGCAGAGAGCUUUGAAGACUAUAUAGAACAGAGAAGAACAUUAAUGGGAAGGAACUAUGGUUAUUUGUGUGUGCACUGCAAUUUUAACUCCAUGCGAGAAAUGCCAAUGAAGGUUCACAUUCUGGAAUGUCACCCUGGCAGAGAGGUAGUCAUGGUGGAUUUGCGUAGACGUCAGCGCAAGCAGUCCAUGUUGGCGUAUUUCUGUGAGGACAGAAAUUGUGACAUAGCUAGUCCUUUGAUGCACUGGCAUACACCAGAAGAUAUUUAUUUCACAAAGCCUGAAAAGAAAGCAAGACAAAAUCAGUUCCUGAAACCUGACAUGGAACUUAGUGAUUCAGCAAAUGACACUGAUUGUGAUAUUAUUGUAAAUGAGAGUUUGAUAAAAAUUGACCAAGACGAGGAAGAUUGGAAAAGUUCUGAAUCUCAAGAAAUGGUGCAAGAAGAUAGAAGUGAAUCACAAGGGGUGCCACAUAUAUAUGAAACAACAAAGGUUCAGAGAAACUUUUUUUCAGAUGAGAGGCUAUUACAGUCUUCUCUAGGUUAUAAGUGUAAGUACUGUGAUUACCAGUCCUUGCAAAGUAUGGAUAUCAAAAUGCACAUCUUGGAUGUUCACAUAAAUUCCAACCCAGUAAUGGUCAAUUUGGAUAGAUUGCGGGGAAAAUUAGCUAGUAAAAUGUUUUUUUGUAAGAAAAGAACCUGUGACAUUUUCAACCUCAACAAGCAUAUUCAUUCAAAUGGACAGGUUAUUUUCCAAAGUGCGGAUAUUGUUAGGAGAAACAGGAUUAAAAAAGAAAUAAUACUCACCCAACCAAGAAGGAGAGAUGACCGUGGGAAUAACCUUAGACGUGGCAUUGGACCUGAAAAGGGCUUUGGUGUUGAAUCUGACUCAGAAACCUUAGAUUCAGGUUCAAAGGAUUCUUUCCAAGAGGAGCUAAGGGCUUACACAAAGGUAACUUUGGGUAAAAGAAAAAGAGGGGAAGAUUCAAAUUCAGAAGACUCAUUCCACACCAUGAAUGAAAUAAGUGCAGAACCAACUAAUCCCUUCUAUUCUCUUGACUCAGCUCAAGAAAUCGAGCAAGAGGGUAGACAUAAAUCAGAAAGGGAGGAUGUGCCACAUGAACAUGAAGCAAAAGAGGACCAGAGAAGGUUAGGUGAAGUCCUGUCACGGUGGUCUUUAGGUUACAAGUGUUAUUACUGUGAUUACAAGUCUGUUCUAGGUAUAGAUGUCAAAAGCCACAUCCUGGAUACUCACUGCAAUUGGGAGCCAGUCAUUGUCAAUUUGGAUAAACGGCAGUCAAGAUUAGCCAGUAAAAUGUACUGUUGUGAGGACAGAGCAUGUGAAAUUUUAGACUUCAGCAGGCAUAGUCACUUAGACAGUGGAAGGGUCGUUUUCAAGCCAGUGGAUGUUAAGAAAAGAAAAAAGAUUAAAAAAGAAAAAGCACUUACUCAAAUGAGCCUGAGGCACCUGGGGAAGGACAGUGGACACAAUAAAGAUCUUGAUAUUGAGUCUGACUCAGGAAACGUGGAUUCAAGAGACCUAUUCCAUGCCAUGAAUGAAAUAAGUACAGAACUACCUGUCCAUACCAGGGGGAGCAGCAGUUUUAAUGAACCAUUGGUCUAUCUUGACCAUGACACCAGUGGUUCAAUUUCAUCUGAGAUAUUGGAACAUCAGAUGAGAUUACAGAGAAAGGAAGAAAAAGAAACAAAUAAAAGUAUGUCUGACUCGGACUUGGAGUCUUCCAAACCCCUACAGGAGGACAUUGAAUUUGAUAGCAGCGGAUGCCAUACAUCCGAGACCACAGGAAAAUAUCUCCAUGGUCAAGACCCUUAUGAAAAGAUGCUAACCCAUGCUGUCUCUCCUUUGUUUCCUUCAAGUCGUAGAAAACAAACUAUCUUAAGCAGACAGGAGGUUGUAGAAGAGUUUUCAGUUGAAGUUGAAGAUGGUUCAGUCAAUUUUAAGCCACGUGUCAAGCAGGCAAAAAAAGGAAGAGUUCAGCAGUGUUUUUACUGUAGAGAUGGCUAUAUUUCUGACGACCUUGACAGAAUGCGCAUGCACUUCCAGACAGACCACAAAGGCCAGGAGUGGCUGGUCUUCGGCUGCUUAAGGUCCAAUGAUAAACACCAAACUUUGUAUGUGUGCCCAUCAAUCAAUUGCCCCACUAUCAAGCCAUCCAAAGAAGAGCUGUUAAAACACGAGGCAGAACAUUCCUACCAGUGUUAUCCUGGGAUUGGGUACAAGAAACCCUCUUAUUCAUGUCAGUUUGAGUCUGCAAAUUUAAAAGAUAUGAGAAUGCACAUUGAGGCUUGUCAUAGAAGCGAAGUGUUCAAAGUCUUCAGGGAUAAAUUGCGUGCCCAGAGGAAACAAAUGGCAAAGGUUUUUGUGUGUUUGCUUCCAGAAUGCGAGCUUCUCAUGAUGACAGAGGAUUUGUUCCUUGAACAUAAGGAAGCUGCCCAUACCUGAGUCUGGAUAGGCUUUGGAUGGCUUACAAAAUAUGUCAGAAGUUUUCCAAGGCUGGCAGUUACAGAAAACUCCUGUAUAACUUUGUGCCAGGAAAAGGUGCAAUAGUUACAGACAUUUGCAUUUCUGAACACAUUACUAAUUAAAGUGAAUUAAUAUUGAAAAGUUAGUUAACAAACCCAUCAUCCCUUUUUUGAUGAAAUCAGAAUUUUUUUACCUUCAUUUUUUAAUGGGACUGGUAAAUGGGAGAAAUUUACAGUUGACAUGAAAUAAAAAUGCAUACCAGUAAAUUUAUUUUAAUGCUCUUAAAUCACUCACCAUGUGGGUUUACAUUUCCUUCCAUGUAAAAAAAAAAAAAAA